AAUUUUUGCUCUUAUUUGUGCAGGUGUAAUCCCAAAAAACUGCUGGUUUCUAUAGAGUUACUCUGCAUGUAUACUGCAGCGACUGCACGUAGAAGUUAUCUGGUAGCUGAAGCACUUGGAGCUCUCGGGCAUCUGAUGGACGGCGUUGUAACAACGUCAGGGUUUGAGGCAGAGAAUUCUUGUUUUGCACGACUUCGAAUAUAGCCCCAAAUUACACUUUUCCGUUCAUUGAGAUGCUUGGGUCCUGGAGCCGGGAAAUGCUCUCGGUGUGACACUGGUGGCUGACUCGCUCUGCAGACAGGUUGCCAGCCGUGGCAAUCAGCACCGUUAGAAACCAGCAUGCAUUGAAUAUCCCGAAAUAAAAACUUAAGUCGGUGCUGUUCUCGGUGCCUGAGGACGCGGAGGCGGGGAGCAAAGCAGAGGCACCAACACAGCAAUAAGGAAAGGAAAAUCGAAACAGCUUAAAUAAGCAAUUCUGGAAGCAGCGAAUGCAGAGAGCUAGCUCAAGGGCCUGGCUCUCUCUCUGGGCUGCCGGCGCCACCAUGCCGCCCGCAGAGUUUGCCAGGGGUGGGCGUAACGGAGGCUCGGGCUCGGCGCCUUGCUCUGGCUGGUCCCCAAACCUCAAACCAGUGCCAGCUAAACGCGUUUCAGCUGUAAGUCAGUCUUGUCAUAAAAGCCUGACCCAGCGUGUAGGAUCGCCCCUGCCAUGUGCCGCUAUGCAAGCCAGUGCCCCCACACAGGAAGUGUCUGCGCUCUUUAUCUUUGCCACGUGGGAACGUGACCGCAGCUUUAUCUCGGUUUCUGUGCUUGCUCGCAGGCUCCGCCGUGGGAAAUGGACUCCCGGCACCCACCCCCUCUGCGACCAUCUUUCCUCCCCGACCCGACGUCUGCAAGAGAGAUGAAGGCGAAUGCUGCCGAGCUUUCCCUUUGGACCGUCAUAGCGGCGAUUCAAGGGGUGGAAAAGAAGGUGGAUUCUCAUGCCGCUCGGUUGCUGAACCUGGAGCGCCGGACGGUGACCACUGAAAAGAAAUAUUUUGACUGCGAGAAAACAGUCGUGGAUUUUGGGAACCAAAUGGAAAGCAAGUUGGCGGCGCUGGGCACCCUGAUCCAGGAGUACGGGUCGUUGCAGCGGCGCCUGGAGAACAUGGAGAACCUGCUCAAGAACAGGAACUUCUGGAUCCUGCGCCUGCCCCCGGGAGCGAAGGGGGAAAUGCCCAAGGUCCCGACGGGUUUUGAAAACGGUGCGGCUUACUUCUCUGAGCAGGAGUGGAAGAACUUAGACGAAUGCCAGAAAGAGCUUUACAAGAACGUGAUGAAGGGCAACUUCGACUCCCUGGUCUCUCUGGACUACGCAAUCUCCAAACCUGACCUCCUCUCCCGGAUUGAACGCGGGGAAGCGCCUUGUCCUAGGGACGCGGGGGACUCGGAGGAGCGAGAGAUCCCUGCAGAGCCCAGCACAGAAGCACUAGGAUUUGCACCAGAUGUGGCCUGUGGAAGCGAGGAGAACAGGGGUCUGUGCAUCCAGGGACCGGAGAGCUCGGAGCAGAGAGAUGCCCCCGCCGGGCCCAGGAUUGAGUACGUGGUGUCGGAGUCGACCUUUGGGUCCAGCAUGAAGCAAGAAGAAGAGCUGCACGCCGAGAGCCAGGAGACCCUGGAGGAGGAGCAGAUGUUCCCAGCGCCCAGCCUGGGGGACAACGGGCUCAUGUUCAGGACUGAGCUGCGGGAUCACGAGGAGCGUCUCAGACACCUGGAGCUGCAACGAACGCUGUCUGGGCAGGCGGAGGAGCUGGUUUUCCAGAGUCCUUGCGAGGAGAUGCCCUUGGAGGGCCCAUGCAGCUCCGUCGGGCAGCACGGACCCCCUGGGAAGGACGGGCCGGCAGAGCCCAUCCCUGCAGAAGGUAGUUUUGGCGACAGCAACGCCGUCCCUUUCUACCGGCGCGGCUGCCCCGUGGAGAGGCCCUUUGUGUGCGUGGAGUGCGGGAAAGGCUUUCGGCUGAGGAAGAGCCUGGCAAUGCACCAGCGGGGUCACGUCCGGCUGGAGUGCUUGGAGCCGGCCGACCGGGGCGACAGCUUCACCUUCAAGCAGUACUACGCGCCGCACCCCCGGGUGCCCCCAGGAGCGGGCGCCUACAGCCCCGGGGAGUGCGAGGAGAGUUUUCGGCAGAGCCACGGCCUGAAGACCCACCCGCGGGGGCAGCUGGCGGACAGGCCCUACGGCAGCCCCAAGUGCAUGAAGAGCUUUGGCCUCAAACCUGGCUACAGGCCGAGCCAGAGGGGCGCCGGGCGGGAGCGGCCGUACAAGUGCAACCGGUGCCAGGAGUGCUUCUCCCAAAAGAAGACCCUCGUCACGCACCAGCGCAUGCACGCAGGGCGCGGCACGGGGGCCCUCACCUGCACCUACUGUGGCAAGAGCUUCACCCACCCCUCAGACCUCAUCCGGCACCAGCGCAUCCACACCGGGGAGCGCCCCUACCCGUGCGCUGAGUGCGGCAAGAGCUUCACCCAGAAGCAGCACCUGCUGCAGCACCAGAAGAUCCACCUGCGGGAGCGGGCCUGCGUGCCCAGCGGGCGCGAGGCUUUGCUGGGCAACGUCUUCUUCUAGCCAGAGCGGGAGCAAACACCCGCUCCGGUGUGAAGGGUGCUUGGAAGAACAUGUCCCUAGGCAGGGUUGGGGCUGCCCUGCCCCACGGCCAGCAGCCUGGAGCCUGUAGGAUCCCCCGGGAAAAUAGUUUUCAAGUAAAAACAUUAGAUGGCUGUGGUGUCAAGAGAGCGAGUGGAUUGAUCCCGAUGAAGCUGGCGUCUCUUGAGAGAUCCUGCAGCGGGCAGUUCUGCAGGUCGCUUAGUCCCGUGGCACACGGGUUCACAAAGCCUCUCAGGUCGUGGAGCACGCGCCGUGCGCCGAGGCUCGGUCUCUGCUCGGGUGCCGGGAUCCUGGCGGAAGAGAGGCAGGUCGAUGGCUGAGGGCAGGGCAGCCCCUCCUUACCUGGGGAGAGGUGUACUGGCAGGACAGACUCGCGAAGCUUUCGCUGCUCUCGCCGCAGCCGUCCUGGAGCUUGAGUCAGCCCAGCCCCUUCUCAGGACAUAAAGAAAGACCUAAUUUGCUAAGAUUAACACGGCCGAGCCAGAGUCCACUUGCUCCGCUCCGCUCCGCUGACGUCAGUGUGGAGUGAUCCCACUGCAGACUGGAGAAACUCUGCUUGCGCUAGGACGACCGCCCGCAGCCUUCGUCCUGGUGCCUCUCUACCCUGACGAGGAGACAGCACUCGGCGCACCUGUUGUCUGCUGAAGAGACAACCGAUCGAAUCGAAGGGAAAGACAGUUGCUUAGCGGGAAGGCGGUGCUCGUGUUACACUAAAACGCUCCUCGAGUUUCUUCCUGCCUUCGCUGACAGCCCUGGUUGCCCCCUCUUCCGUCGGUUUGCCCAGAUCUUAACGCUUCUGUUCGGCUGACUUGUCGGUUCAUUAUUUCCCCCUGCCUUUGUUCCCCCUGCGCAGCUCACGGUGCAUCAGGCCGUCCGUUCUGUUCUUUUGCUCUCGUCUUCGGGGAUCGUUUCUGUUAUGCCACCGCAUGAGCGCUUCCCAGCUGCUCAGAUGUGUUUGGCAAGGUGCCCAAACACUUCACUUCCCGCUGCAUCGAAACUAAAAUUAUUACCUGGGUUGUGCCGUGUUUUAGGUGGUUGCUGUAGGCUGAUCCACAUCACCUUGAAUCUGGGGUUAGAAACCGUCUUGUCCUUUCCUAGCUCAGGUUUGAGUCCCUAACUGGGGCUCGGGUGAGUUGACUCGCCGCUUGUGCAGACACCAGGCUGUUGCAUGCAGACAGACAUGGGGGAGCCCCUUGAGGGUCGUCUGAGGGAGAGGAAAAGGGGAAGACCGGGGAACUUGCGGGAGGAAGCCAUAAUCCAGCUUCUUGAGAGCGCUUACAGAGGCUUUCCCCUGUACGUCAUACCUAAAAAGUGUCACUGACCCAACGCGGGCCCAUUCUCACUGCCCAGCCAAGCUGCAUUUGGCCCAGGUUUGCCUGGGAGCAGCUUUCGAACCCGGUUCGUGACGGCUUCACCUCCUGUGCCGCUGGAGGUUUGCGUCUCAGGCUGCAGCAGCUCUGCUUGGGCUGGGAGGCCCCUGGCCCUUCCUCCCAGCACGGUCUCGUGCCCUGGCUGUGCAGCCCUGAGCUUUCAUCUCACCUUUGUCUCCCACCCCUCCGAAUAUUGCAGUCCCCGAGCUGCGAGGGCUUUGUGCUUGUCACAAGACACCCCAGCCAGCCUGGGUCGCUGCAAGGCAGCGGGCAGAGCCUGCGUCUUCCUGACACGGCUGUUUCUGCCACUUGUGCUAGAGGAGAACCGCUCCUCGCAGGUAGCAGUACAGGACUUCUGACACACGAAGGCCUGGCUCUGAUUUUAUCUAGUACAGGUACAUGAGCCAGUUCCUUAGUGGUUUGGUUUUUAAUUACUGCUCUUAAGCCCUGUGUUUCCCCCUUUUAGCCUGUACUGUUUAGACUGUGAGCCCUCCGGGGCAGGGGAUGCGUUUCUGUGCUAUCUGCAAAGCGCCGGUUCCCUUGGCAGCCGUAGAUACUUGAUUUUUAAUAAUAAAUUCAGACUUGAACACAUUGUGCAGGCUGCAAGGGGCUGGCUUCCUCCACACGCUGCUUUCCCUGAGCAUCACGGUCAGCUUGUCCUGAGCCUUGGGCAAAGCCCUGGCUUUGGAAGUGGAUCUACCAGGUGCUGGCCUGGGAGCUAGCGUGUCUUGGGACCGCUCUCAAGCUGCCUGUCUCUGGGGAAUGCAGUCAGGACCCUUCUGAGCCCCUUGCAAUGCCUAAUUGCCCUCCUUGGGCAUGCAUGGAGCAGAAGUAGGAGCAAGGCUUGUUUUGGGGAGUAGUCCCCGGGUCAGCGAGCAGGCAGGGUAGACGCGGCCGAACAGUAAACCUGCUUUUGAACACAGAGCGUAAGGCCGUUCUCGUGGUGCCGCGACCUCCCACUGGAGAAGAGGCAUUGAAGGGCUUGCGCUGCACUGGUUGCUCUUGCUGCUCCGGCAGCAGGCUGGGCCUGCAGGUUUGGGUUCGGUGGCUAGCUGGCACCAGUAGACCCAAGCUGGCAGGGAAGCGAAGGGGGCUGAGGAGGGAGGGGAGCUUGGGGCUGGGGCUGGCGGGAGUGCAGAGUGCAGGUAUGUGGGGGGUGUGGGGAUCCCCCACACUUCCCCCCCAUGGUGCACAGCCCCUGCUGUCAGCAGCAGCAGCAGCAUGCCCUCGGGGUGCUCGUGGCCCACCCAGGUGCUGCUGCCGGGUGCCAACAGGGCACACGGCGUCAGACAGGUGAUCGUAUGCAGGACCUCAGCACCCAACAGGUACGUUUCCAUAGGGACUGGCUCUAGACCUGGUGCUUUUUUAAACCUUUUGAUCAGCCAUCUGGAAGAAAGCCUGAAAUGGCUGCUGAUGCAGUUGGGGGGGUGACACACAGACUGGGAGUGGUGGUUGUGGCAGAAAUGCCACCGUCUGUGCCCCUCUCCAGAAGUCUGUCUCUGCCAGCGUGAGAGGCUGGGGUUGAAUCCCUCAGGGCAGGGGAUCACAAAAGCCUGGUGCCUCCGGUGUGGAUGCUCUGGUCACCUGGGUGGGGGGAAAGCCCCGCUCACCGGCCCAGGUGACCCAUGAUGCUUUUUAAACUGGUUGGCGAGUGGCCAGCACUGGCAGCUUCGAUUGGACCGGGCUGCUGAGGUCAGAAAGGUUAUUUAAAGGCCCGGGCCAGGAAGAAGGUGGCCAUUAGCCAUGAGGUCAUCCAGGUGAAUCUGAA